AAUGAAAAUAAUGUGUUUGUGUGUACUUUGAGGCUACUUGGGUUGAGUAGUGUCCAAGAUUUUCAUUGAGUUUUGAGGUGGUGAAUGUUUUUGUAACUUAUAUUGAUAUUUUCCAUGGGGUUUCAUUAAUAUUAAUACACAAUAGAUCAUGAGGUUGUCCAGCUUUUUACUUAGGGGGUUUAAGAUUCCAGGUGCUCGUUUCAAAGGAAAAGUGCGGAUGGUCAAGAGAGUCACUCCAUUAGCAUUGAACGACUUGCGCAAUGAUUUUAAAAUAGAAGAGGAAAAUAUGUUAUAUCUUCGAUACCCUUAUUUGACAUUGGAACAGUCUCAGGUACUCACAAAGGAAUUGAAAAAAGAGCAAGUUAAACCACUUGUCAAAAAAGUCACGCUGAGAGAUGAAAAAUUCUCUUCCAAGUCAACGAAACUUGUUGAUCAACUGAAACUCCUGAGGAUUGCGGAGGAUUGGGAUGUGAUCAAAUAAUAUUUUGUAGUGUCUAAACUAAAAGUGAAUUGUUAGUAAUAUGCUUUAUAUUUAAAAGCUCUGUUCGUAUUAAA